UGCACAUUAAUGUUUCAUGUCGGAACAUUUCUUGGUCCGGACGGCCACACCGGAAGUAGUCGCCACGCGGCCUGGUAAGGAACAAGAGCAGAAAGUUGCGUCUUUGGACUUUUCCUGCACGAAUAUUCUUGCUAAGACUUGUCUCGGACAAAUAACAAAAAUGACGGACAGGUACAACAUCCACAGCCAGCUGGAGCACCUGCAGUCCAAGUACAUCGGCACGGGCCACGCAGACACCAGCAAGUGGGAGUGGCUAGUGAACCAGCACCGGGACUCUUACUGCUCCUACAUGGGACACUUUGACCUGCUCAACUACUUCUCUGUGGCCGAGAACGAGAGCAAGGCUCGUGUCCGCUUCAACCUCAUGGAGAAGAUGCUGCAGCCCUGCGGACCUCCUCUGGACAAGCCUGACGACUCCUGAACACACCUGCUUGCUUUAAUCACUGCACACCUGGAACAUUCUAUACCUGCUUGCUUUAAUCACUGCACACCUGGAACAUUCUAUACCUGCUUGCUUUAAUCACUGCACACCUGGAACAUUCUAUACCUGCUUGCUUUAAUCACUGCACACCUGGAGCAUUCAGUCGUCCUCCAUCUAUUUGUGGUUUCAUUCUCCAAAGAUGUGUGCUUUGUUACAGCAACCUUUCAUCAGCAUCCUGAGGAGAAGAAUGCAAGUUUGUGUUUACAACCAUCAUCUUGUUCAUUAAAACACCUUUUUCA